AAAACAAAAGCCUUCAAGUAUACCCCUUCUCAUAUACAGUAGAACAAUGUCAACUCAACCCUUGGCCCUUCCCUCUCCACCUCCAAAUACAACCUGCAAAACUAUCUGUCGACCCACAUCCAGUUAUCACCCUAGUCUUUGGAAGGAUUAUUUCCUCCAACAUUCUUCAAAUUCCAUGAUAUCUUAGAUGAAGCUCUAGCUUUCACUACCUCUCACCUUGAAUCAAUGGCAACAAAAGUAAGCCCUCUACUUGCUGAACAAAUAGCCCAUGCUCUAAACCGCCCCAUCCGAAAAGGCUUACCAAGAAUUGAAGCAAGGCAUUACAUCUCUUUGUACUCUAGAGAAACCCAUUUUGCUUCCUCUAAUGCAGCACUACUUAGAUUUGCAAAAAUAGAUUUCAACAUGGUACAAGCAUUGCAUCAAAAAGAACUCAGUGGAAUUACAGAGUGGUGGAAAAACUUGGAUUUUUCAACAAAGCUACCAUAUGCAAGGGAUAGAGUUGUGGAGUGCUAUUUUUGGAUAAUGGGAGUUUACUUUGAACCCAAAUACUCCCUUGCAAGGACAUUUCUAACUAAAGUAAUAACCAUGGUAUCCGUUUUGGAUGAUACAUAUGACAACUAUGGGACCAAUAAAGAGCUUGAGCUUUUGACCAAGUGUAUUGAAAGGUGGAACAUUGAUGUUAUAAAUCAACUUCCAGAGUAUAUGAAAUUGGUUUAUCAGGCAUUGUUAAAUGUUUAUAGUGAGAUGGAGGCAAAGGUUGCAAAAGAAGGAAUAUCAUAUGCUAUAGAUUAUGCAAAAGAGUCGUUGAACAAAACAAUGAAAGCUUUCCUUAAUGAAGCCAAGUGGCGCCAAGAAGACUAUGUUCCACCUAUAGAGGAGUAUAUGCAGGUUGCCCUCAUUUCCUGUGCUUAUCCAAUGCUCAUAACAAAUUCCUAUGUUGCCAAGGGAGAAGUUGCAACCAAGGAGGCCUUUGAUUGGAUCUCUAAUGACCCUAAAAUACUUAAAGCUUGCACAAUUAUCUGUAGACUCAUGGAUGAUAUUUCCUCACAGGAGUUUGAGCAAACACGAGAUCAUGUUGCAUCAGGUGUUGAAUGCUAUAUGAAGCAAUAUGGUGUUUCAAAGGAAGAGACCGUGAAGUUGUUUCAGGAAGAUGUUGCAAAUGCUUGGAAAGAUAUUAACGAAGGGCUCAUGAAACCAGCAAUCUUUCCUAUGCCUAUACUCACUGUGGUUCUAAAUUUUGCUCGUGUGAUAGAUUUCCUAUAUAAGGACGGCGACAACUAUACAGAUUCUCACACUUUGAAGGCCCAUAUUGAAUUGUUGCUGGUGGAUCCUGUUAUUCUGUGAAGAAGUAUUGAUCCCUAGAACUCCAUUUAAAUAAUUCUAUGGUCUGUUAUAUAGCUUGAGGGUAAUGUGUGGGAUUGUUUUAUAUUUGUUUUGUAAUGUGUGGGACUGUUCGUAAUAUGUUUCAUUUAUUAAAAGUUUGCUAAUUACUAAAAAUGCCUCAAUGAAAAUAUUUGUUUAUA